AUGGUUGGCAGUGGGCAGCAGCUGUGGUGGAGCAAGUGCGCACAGAUGGACCAGCUGUUGCCUAUCACUGCAAGUAUGGGUGGAGCAUGCUGGGCCUCGCGCGUUGCAUGCCACGUUAGAGAUGGGGAGAAAGUUGGUGGUCUGCCCCUGCUCAAGAUGUUGAGAGAUGGAAGCAUAAUGGUCCAGACUUGGAUGAUCUGUUGGCUGGAUAGGAGAAGUGUUCUGCUGGACUCCCCUUCAAAAAGGAAGGCUGAUGUCAAGUAUUCAAGAAAUGAAGUUGCGACUUCGCUGGCGAAAGAUGCAUCCCCGUUGGGGAAGACGCCAAGGAUCCCUUCUGUUGAGAAGACUCAACUAAGAGCUGUUCCAUCAUCACCUGCUAGGGUCAAACAUCUCGUUGGUGCAAACAGCACGAAGGUUGGUGGUAUGCGCGGUGUUCGGGGUGUUCUACCCUAG